AUGGAUGAACAUCAAUUUAAAGCUCUAGAGAACAGAUUCCAACUCAAACCAACACUAGAACCCAGUCAAAUGAAAUUAUCUACCCUACAAAGCAAGCUUACAGUGAAAGGCGAGUUCAAAGCAACAAUUAGGAACAAAACGUGUGGAACUAUAGCGAGAUUCGUCGUUGUCACAGGUCAUAUCGACUCUCCUCUACUCAUUGACAAGAAAACAUUGAUCAAACUGGCGAUGCUGCAGUUCCGAGAAGAUGGUUCAUUCGCUGAGAAGAACGACUUGGGAAUUCCAAAUGCAAUUCCAGAAAUUAAAACGGUGAAAGGAAAGAACAAUCCAAAUCCCAAUAUCAAGGAAAUCACUAGCCGCUACAAACAAGUAUUCACGGGCAUCCGGCAAAUUAGAGAUGUGAAAAAUAACAAGGAUUUUUACACCAAGUUUACCAUGAAACCGAACGCAGUGCCAGCAGCCCAAAAGCCAAGAUCGGUAGCCUAUUACUUACAGAAACCACUGAAGAGCUGGUUAGAUCAAUGCAUCAAAGAGGACAUAUUUGAAGACGUGCCAGAAGGAGAACCAGUGACGUGGUGUUCUCCACUAGUUGUCCAACCAAAGCCAAGGUACAGUAACACAGAGAAAGAGCAGUUGGAACCACACAUGAUUAGAGCCAGCGUCGACCUUAGAGUACCUAAUCAGUUUAUGGAAAGACACAGAAUAACCCAAGGAACCACGGUCGAAGAUUUCAUAUACAAGUUCCACGAUUGCACCAUAUUUUCCAAACUAGACAUGAGACAAGCCUAUUAUUAG